CCUAACAUCAACAUCACCCGCUGCCGCCUUCAAACCCUCGACCACCUCCCGCCCUCGACCCUCACCGCCGACGCAGCGAUGCGGCCACCGGAGGAUCGAACUCUCAGGGAAGAGGAGCAGAAGGUCAGCGUGUCACGGGACAAGCGCAUCGAACAAGGUCCUGAUGCGGAGUCGCCGCAGGCUCCGAGCAUCGCUAGGGCACCCGGAAAUCCUGAGAACCCUCCCCUUAUCUCUGAAUCAAAGAAGCGGGCUCUUGAUGCACUGGAGCGAAGAUUCGCGGCCGCCUCCAAGUCUGCGGAAAAUGCCGCAGCCAAGAGGUACAAGCCUUCGGCCUCGAAAGAUAAAAGCAAAGUAGAAGAUUGCUCUGUUGCUUCUCCUCAACAGCCCUGCGACUCCUCCUUGAAGCCUAGAGCUCAAUCAGGGAUUUCUGAUGUAGAACCUCACCCAGCCUACUCCGAGAUCAGUCAAAUUUUGCAUGAUAAUCUCAAGACCAAUGCUUCCAAGGAAUCGAAUAGAGGGGAGGAUGUGAACCGAGUGAUUCGGGAUAUCCUUUUGAGUGGUGACAAGGGGUAUCAGUACGCUAAGGGAUCCAGGAAUGUUAAGUUUGACAGUUGGAUUCUUCUUGAUAAUUUUGUGUCAAAGAAUGCUGCUUCAGCCAAUUCACGCACUAAAGCCUUGAAAAACCUUUCAAAUAGAUCCAAGAAGCAUAUGUCAAUGCGAGAGCAUCGGCAGUGUGGAUCAUUUAAUUUGCCUAAAGAGUUUCACAACUUUGAUCAGUUCAAGCCCAUGCAUGAGAUAUGGAAAGAAUACAUUCUUGAGCUUUUGAAAGAAAUUGGGGGCAAAAAAUUAGCUCAAAACCUUCUUAUAGCAGAUCUUCAUGGCGCUAUUCUUUCAGUUGUAGAAUGCAAAACAGCCGUCUUUAAAGGUGUAAACGGAAUCAUGAUUCGAGAAACUGCACAGACUUUUGGAAUAAUCACAACAGAAAAUAGGUUUCUAGUUGUGCCUAAAAAAGGCUCGGUCUUUAUACUCCAAGCCGGUCCUUGGAAGAUUACAUUGUACGGAGACAAGCUUUCUUUGCGUUGUGGUGGCGCAUAAUUUUUUAGUGCCGUCCUCUCUGAUUGGAAUAAUUCAUGCCUCUAAUGUAAUCUCUUUCUCAGGGAAUACAGUGCUGAUGGAAAUUCCAGAAAAUUCAAGAAUCCAACACCUACGCAAGAUGAGAGUACAUGUGUUGUUGAUUUUGAGUUUGUAUAUGAGGGUACAUGUAUUAUUGAUCUUGAGUUUACGUAUUAUAUUUAUGCAUAUUUUUUAACUUAUGUUAAAUAGAGGUGUUUAUCAUCUAUUUGUAUAUAUAUUUUUUAAAUCAAGUUGAGACAUUAAAAAACUUGUAUGCACAU